CAUGUGACGCAGGCAGCUACAAGCGCAUAUCCUCGCCCUCUCUUGUUGAAUAAAGGCCUGGGCGAAGUGGAUUCCCUUCGGAUAUGGUCACCCCUGACAACAUGCCAGCCGAAGGGGGUGGACAGAGGGGCCCUCUGUUCGAUCGAAACGGGGUGCCGGGUGCGUCUAGCACCCCGGUUGAUAUGGACGCGGCAAUCGUGCUACUGGGAGCCGGGGUAACGGCGAUCACGCAUCCGCUGCUCUACGUGAAACUGCUAAUUCAGGUCGGGCAUGAGCCCCUAGCCCCGACAGUAGGGACCACCAUGUUUGGAAGGAAAGUGCUGUACCUUCCUGGAUUCUUCUCCUAUGCUCGUUACAUCAUAAAAGUUGACGGGAAGAGUGGCCUUUUCCGCGGCCUGUCACCCCGGGUCGUGUCCAGCACCAUCUCCACCAUGGUGCGCAGCAAGGUCAAACAGGCAGUCCCUAUGGAAGAUGCAGAGCAUGUUUCCAACAGGGAUGACCUGAAGACAUCCUUGAGGAAGGUGGUGAAAGAGACCUCGCACGAAAUGGUUGUGCAAUGCCUGUCCAGAAUCGCCACCCACCCCUUCCAUGUCAUUUCUGUGCGCUGCAUGGCCCAGUUUGUGGGGAGGGAAGUCAAGUACAGGGGCCUGUUCAGCUGCAUCGCCAAAAUCUUCCAGGAGGAAGGUGUGGCAGGUUUUUUCGUUGGCCUUGUGCCCCACGUCUUGGGCGAGGUGAUCUUCCUUUGGUGCUGUAACCUGCUGGCCCACUUCAUCAACACCUACGCUGUGGAUGACAACUUCAGCCAAGCCCCAGCAGUGAGGAGCUACACUAAGUUUGUGAUGGGGAUCGCAGUCAGCGUGCUGACGUAUCCCUUCAUGCUUGUGGCAGACCUCAUGGCAGUCAACAACUGUGGGCUGGCGGCGGGUCUCCCCCCGAACUCCCCCAUAUUCAAGUCCUGGGUCCAUUGCUGGAGGCACCUCAGCGUCCAGGGUCAGCUGUUCCGCGGCUCCAGCUUCUUCUUCCGCAGAGUGCCUGUGGCGGUUACAGCCUUGGAGUGACCUCACUCUCGACCUCGCCCGCGACCUUGGAGCAACCUCACCUUUGACCCCGGUGUGACCUCCACCACUGUUUGCCCUUAAACCUGGAAUUUACGAGGAGAAAAAAAGAAAAAAAUCAGCCAAAACCCCAUUCUUUUUGUUUUACAUUCAGGGGGGAAUGCAAAAUAGAGUCGAGGCGUCCCUACACUAAUUUAUGUCACUGUUUGUUUACUUUUAAGCUACACGCAUAGUUGGAUUUUGCCAGAUGAAGUGUUCAUCUUCAGCGUGCAGUAGGUUUUGGCACUGGUAAUUACCACCAAGACAAACUUCAGAAGAUGUGUCCUGUACUCUUCGGGCUGUCUGUUUAAACAAAUGUAGGCUGUUACAUCUCAGAAAGGUGUUUUUUUUUCUGUCAUCAGCCAGUUGAAGUUUAAAAUCUGAAAUAACAAAUACGGCGGUUUAAUCCCGCCAUACUUUUUAAAAACACAGUAUGUCCUCUUGGUACUUGGAAUUCAAGGCUGUAUGUCAGCAAAUGGCAGCAUAUUUUAAAACAAAUUCCAGAACAAUAUUGUGACAGCUGGAGUGGGCACCAGGUUUGCAGUCACUACCAGAAACAGGAGACAGGGAGUACAGGGAAGUUGGCAGUGUGGUGCAAUGGUUAAGAUGCUGAGCCUGGAAUCGAAGGUUGCAGGUUCAGUUCUUCAAUUCACACUUGUCCAAGGUACUUAACAGGUAUAAAAAUGGAAAAUAUGUGAAAAAAUGUAAGAUGCACAACUCAUGCUGGAAUUGAAAAGUACUUUAUGGGUCCACCAUUUCACUAACCAUGGCUGAAUUCUGAAAUGCAUGUUUUCCAGAGAACAGAUCUUAAACUGAUGUUGAGUGCAUUUAAAAUACAAAAAAAGUAAGGUAUGGUAAAACAUGAAAUCAAAAAUAUAAUGAGUGUCUGCUGUAUGUCAAAAUAUACUACAUAUAUUGUUAUAGUUAUUGCCACAUUCAUGUGUAAUUUUAUGAGUAUGCUCUUGAGCAUAUUGUAGUGGACAUGUUGGAAAAUACAUUCUCUAUUGUAUGUGUAAACCUUUAUACAUGAAAGUGGCAAUGUUUGCGGAAUAUAUAUUGACAUAUAUGUUGUAUACUUUGAUGUGGGGAAUGAUACGCCUGUAUACAGUAUAUUGAUGACGCAUACAGCUAUUUUCAUAGGAGCAAAUUUACACUCCUCUUCCAGAAACAGUAGUAGUAGUGGAAAUCUCAGAUUUUGUGUGCUCCCCUAAAAUCUUGUAUGACUUUUGAUGUGAAGUCCAUGGUCUUUACCAUUGUAUUACCUUGUGUUUCUCAAGCCAUUCCUCAAUAUUUAUCUUUCUCUUCGUAACUGCUGUGUUGCCCUAGAGUAUUUCAGGGUUUGUGCCCAUGUGUGAAAAGAGCAUGAAGUUGAGAGUGAAGAGAAGAUGUGCUUGCACGCUGUCUCACUUCUUGGUUUGAAGCACUUUAAAAAAAAACUUUUGAAAAUAGUACUGAGUUUGUUUCCAAUAAGCUAAAUGAAAAAAAAAAACUCUACAGCCUAAUCCUUUAAUGUUUUAUAAUCACUUUUUUGGGUUUUUGUUUUUUAAAAUGCCACAGAUAUUCUUUGUGUGAGGCGUGGUGUUCAUGUGUCUUUAAUUGGAUGUUCUUACAGUUUGGAAUCAGAUUUGCCUUGAAAACCAAUCUGAGCCAAAACAAAAAUGGAUUUCCUGUAACUUUUUUGUUGAGAGGUUGUGCGCACAUUAACUGAAAUACAGUGCAUAGUGUUUUGUCAGUGGUCUUUGUGCUUGUGAAGGUUCCAUGCCCAUUCUCAUAUCCAGGCGGGUCAGCCAUUCCAUUUCCACUGUUGUGAGACAACACACACACUCACACACACACACACACACACGAGAUUGUUCAGAAGACUUAGUUCUGAAGCAGGUCACCAGCCAACUCUCAUGCUUCUCUUUGUUGUACCUAUUCUCUCUCUCUCUACUGUCACACACAUCUGUGCUAAUCACAGUGAACCGCUUGCUUGCUGUUCAUCAGCGGCUCCAUUAGAUUGAAUACCCCCCGCGACUCACGCGUAUCCCCAGGCUUUUUCUCUCUGUUGUGGGAAAAGGCUUUGUGGGUUACCCACAGGCCUGGACAGGCCACCGUGCCACACACAGAGUGACCCCCGCCCCCGUCCCCGCCGGCGCUUCUCUGUUAGGGGGGACUUCCACAGCAGUCCUGCCCCGUUCCCAGCCUUACGUAACAAACAAUAGUCAGCCGGAUGGCUGCUGCUGGAUUUUACACAGGCUUAACGGUCAGGUAACUCCAUGCAAACACAGAGGCAUUAGAAUACCAAAAAACAAUCAGCAUGACAGAGCUCCGGCAGUCUCUAUCACACUCCUCAUCGUAUCGAACUCAGCAGGGGGGGAGGGAUUUAUUUUUAAUCUGAAAUUUUUUUAAAGGAGGGAUCAGGAAACCUCUUGUGCAUGCUGGUAGUCCCAGAGUAAUCGCAUAUUACAGUGUUUCCAAAGCAUUGUGCAAAGGUUUUGCUUAAAAGGGGUAUGGGGGGAAAUUUUAUGUUGAACUGAGUCAAGUGUUCUUAUCUGAGAAUAUUUGCAAAGUUUCCUUCGCUGCUCAAGAAGAUCAUUAUUCUCACUGACAAGUAUAUUUUCAGUUCAAAUCAGUAGUUAAUAUUCUCUACAACACAGUCCAGUUUUUAAUUGGUUAAUCAUACUUGAGAGUGCGUUUAAAAUUAUUUGGGACUACUCUUAAGACAUCUAUUCCUUUGAGGUUUUAUCAAGUAGAACUGAGGGGGUAUUCAGUCUAUCCACCAUGGCACUUUCUUCAUGACUUUUCAGUAAGGGAUUUAAGCGUUCUUUUUUUU